CUCUCUCUACUCUCCACUCUCCUUUCCUCCUCUCUCCGGUACGAGCUUCUUCCCUUCCUCUCCUUUAUUAACUUGUCAGCUCUCCUCUCUCUCCAUCUCUCUUCCUCUCUUUCUCUCUCCUCUUCAAACCCUGAUAUUUUUCUCGCCCCACUUGUCUCUCCUCGUUCCGAUUCGGUCUCCGCGAUGGCUAGGGUUUUGGCCACCGUCGAGCGCGAGCUUCGGCGAAGCCUCUGACGCGGGAGGGGAGGCUCUCUUUCCGCCAAGAGAGCAGCUUGCGCGACGUAGCGGUGAUCUCGUCCUUCCCGUUCCAAGUUCCGAAGCAACGGUCUUGAACGUUCGUCGGUGGUGAUUUCUGGCGACUCAGAAAGGAGGAGGUUUGAAUCGCUGAUGAAAACGAGUUUGGUUGCCGUAAGAUCGAAAUAGAUUCGGUUUUGCGUGCUUGCGCGCGCGCGGUCUGAGUAAUUCGCUAGGUCUCAGCGAGAUCAGAUUGCACGAAGUAUCUGGAGGCUGAUUUGAAACAAAUCGGAGGUCGUUGAUUAUUUGAAUUUUUUAAAAUUUGGUUCUAUUUUUCUUGGAAAAAAAGUGAAGUCUUUAGAUUUUAACUUCUUCAUAAGCCCUAAAUUCGGUGACGAAACGCUUCUUGUUCCAUCUUACCUUUAUCCUCAUUCUCGCAAUCACAGCAGCAAUGAUAAUUUGAUUGAUAUUGGAAGGAAAAACAAAAGAAGGAAAAGAGGGAUUUGAAGAAGGGAAGUAUUCGUCUCUGGUUCCUCUAUUUGUUGGUGUCGAGAGCGAUUCUGAAGAGAUGGCUACGGCAAUGGCGGUGAGGAGCGGCGGGGGUGGUGGUUUGGAGAAGCAGCCUAUAGACCCGGGGAAGUACGUGAGAUACACGGCAGAGCAGGUGGAGGCGCUCGAGAGGGUCUACACCGAGUGCCCGAAGCCGAGCUCGAUGCGCCGUCAGCAGCUGAUCCGUGAGUGCCCGAUCUUGGCCAACAUUGAGCCCAAACAGAUUAAGGUCUGGUUCCAGAACCGAAGCUUGUGAUGAAACUCGCAAAAAAAAUCGGCGAAAAAGGAAAAGACAAGCAGUAGGAGUGAGGGAGAUAAGGUGUAAGACAAAUCCAGUUAAUCCUAAUUUUGCGCUACCCCUCGACAAGACGCCCUUUACAAACUCGGGAAUAUUGAGUGUCGUGAGAAGCAAAGAAAAGAGGCUUCUCGGCUUCAGGCUGUUAAUAGAAAGUUGACUGCCAUGAAUAAGCUUUUGAUGGAGGAAAAUGAGCGCCUUCAGAAGCAGGUCACACAGCUGGUUCAUGAGAAUGCUUACAUGCGACAACAACUACAGAAUGCUUCACUGGCUAAUGACACAAGCUGUGAAUCAGUUGUGACAACUCCCCAAAAUGCUCUAAGAGAUGCAAGUAAUCCUGCUGGACUCCUGUCCAUUGCUGAGGAGACCUUGGCAGAGUUCCUUUCAAAGGCUACAGGGACUGCUGUCGAUUGGGUCCAGAUGCCCGGGAUGAAGCCUGGUCCGGAUUCGAUUGGGAUUGUUGCUAUUUCACAUUGUACCAGUGGGGUCGCAGCACGAGCCUGUGGUCUAGUGAGUUUAGAGCCUACAAAGAUUGCAGAGAUCCUUAAAGAUCGUCCUUCAUGGUUCCGUGAUUGUCGGAGCCUUGAAGUCUUCUCUAUGUUUCCUGCUGGAAAUGGAGGUACAAUUGAAUUGGUGUACAUGCAGACUUAUGCUCCAACUACAUUAGCUCCUGCACGGGACUUUUGGACUCUUAGGUACACCAUAGGUUUAGAAGAUGGUAGUCUUGUGGUUUGUGAGAGAUCUUUGAGUGGUUCUGGUGGUGGCCCUAAUGCGACUACUGCUCACCAAUUUGUAAGGGCUGAGAUGCUUCCCAGUGGAUAUUUGAUUCGGCCAUGCGAUGGUGGGGGCUCAAUUGUCCACAUAGUGGACCAUUUGGAUUUGGAGGCGUGGAGUGUUCCUGAAGUACUGCGACCGCUUUAUGAGUCAUCCAGGAUAGUGGCCCAGAAGAUGACUAUUGCGGCACUGCGUCAUGUAAGACAAAUAGCACAGGAAAUUAAUGGCGAAGUGGUCUACACAUUGGGUAGACAGCCUGCUGUUCUGCGAACUUUUAGCCAAAGAUUAAGCAGAGGCUUUAACGAUGCUAUCAAUGGUUUUGUUGAUGAUGGAUGGUCGCUUAUGGGUGGUGAUGGUGUGGAGGAUGUAGUAGUUGCUACUAACACAUCAAAGAAAAUCAGUGCUCAGGCCAAUUCUGCUAAUGCUUUUUCAGUGUCUGGAGGUGUCAUCUGUGCUAAGGCAUCAAUGCUACUGCAAAAUGUCCCUCCGGCUUUGCUGGUUCAGUUUUUGAGGGAGCACCGUUCCGAAUGGGCUGAUUACAAUGUAGAUGCAUAUUCUGCAGCAUCAUUGAAAGCUGGCUCAUGUUCCUUUCCUGGAUUGAGGCCUCUUAGAUUUUCUGGUAGCCAAAUUAUCAUGGCUCUAGCUCACACAGUGGAGAAUGAGGAGUUUCUUGAAGUAGUUCGUCUCGAAGGCCAGGCUGUUACUCAAGAUGAAGCUAUGGUAUCCAGGGAUGUCCAUCUCCUACAGCUUUGUAGUGGAAUAGAUGAGAAUGCUGUGGGAGCUUGCUUUCAACUUGUUUUUGCACCGAUUGAUGAACUUUUCCCAGAUGAUGCUCCACUUCUUCCUUCUGGUUUCCGUGUCAUUCCACUGGAUAUGAAAUCAGAAGGCUUGGCUUCUAGCCGUACAUUAGAUCUAGCAUCUAGCCUUGAAGUAGGCUCUGCCACAAAUCGCUGUGCUGGUGACACAUCUACAAAUGAUCACAGCUUGCGAUCAGUGUUGACAAUUGCCUUUCAAUUUCCCUAUGAAGUGAACCUUCAAGACAGUGUUGCUGCAAUGGCCAGGCAGUAUGUUCGAAGCAUUGUCUCAGCAGUACAAAGGGUCUCCAUGGCAUUAUCUCCUUCCCGACCUGGUUUGCACGUUGGGCAGAAGCUGCUACCAGGUUCCCCAGAAGCUGUUACCCUUGCUCGGUGGAUUUGUCAGAGCUACAAUUACUACUUGGGGAUGGAGUUGCUGAAAUCUGACGGUGAAACUGGAGAAUCCUUGUUGAAAGUGCUGUGGCAUCAUCAAGAUGCCAUUUUGUGCUGCUCUUUCAAGAUGCAACCAAUUUUCACCUUUGCGAACCAGGCAGGGCUUGAUAUGUUAGAAACGACACUGGUUGCUCUGCAAGACAUCAGUCUCGAUAAGAUUUUUGAUGAAUCUGGACGGAAAGCUCUAUGCUCCGAGUUUGCAAAGUUGAUGGAACAGGGCUACGCUUACCUAUCAGCUGGUGUUUGCAUGUCUGGGAUGGGCCGCCAUGUUUCCUAUGAGCAAGCCAUCGCCUGGAAAGUCCCUGCUGAAGACAACAGCAUCCAUUGCCUGGCCUUUUGUUUUGUGAAUUGGUCUUUUAUUUAAGCAAUGUUAUCUAUUCUGCGUUGGGAGUUGCAGAUCCAGUUUUGUAAGUAUAAAGAUCCAUGUUAAUGCUAUUUUUAUUUAAUUUAAGAGCAGGUUCGUUUGCUUCUGAAGCCA